UUACAAUACUAACAUCUAAAAUUCCCUUUUUUUCCCACUAUAUCAAGCAGUCUUUUUUUUUUUUUUUUUUCUCAUUUACUUUUACCAUCACAUGUUGUCCUUUUACUGUACAAAUAUUGUUAAGAAAUACCUAAAAAGAAAUCGAUAUGAAGGAAGAGAAAAAAACCAAAGACGAGAAAUAUAUAAAAGGCAAGAGAGAGCGAGGUUGAGGGGGGUGAAGAACCGAAGGCACACAAAGACCCCAAGAAAUCUCUCACUUUCUCCGGCUUCGACAUGGCCUCUCCUCCUCCGCCGCCGCCGCCCCUCCCGCAGUUCCCAACGCCGUCGGGGGAUUCCAGCCACCGCGGCCCCUCCUCAUCGUCCACGUACAAACCCAGCCUCUUCAUCAUCGCCGCCAUUCUCGCCUUGGUCAUCAUUGCCUCCGCCGCCCUCCGCCUCCUCCGUCGCUUCCUCUCCCGCUCCUCCUCCUCCACCUCCUCCUCGGCCCCGCCGCUCAUCCACCAUAGCCGCUCCGCCUCCGCCGCCUCGUCGGUGCUCUCCGACAAGGAGAAGGUGGCUCUGAUCGACUCCCUCCCGCUCUUCUCUCUCGCCUCCUCGGUUGUCGUUCUCCCCAAGUCGUCGCCGGACUGCGCCGUCUGCCUCUCCCCCUUCCAACCCCACGACGAGCUCCGCCUCCUCCCCGCCUGCCGCCACGCCUUCCACUCCUCGUGCAUCGAUACCUGGCUCCGAUCCACCUCUUCCUGCCCUCUGUGCCGUUCCUCCAUCACCAUCCCGGCCCCUCCCCUCCCGCCGCUGCACCCGGCGACGGACGCCGCGGACAACCCUCCCAGAUCCAGCAGCUUCCACAUCGAGAUCGGCAGCGUCAGCCGCCGGAGGACGUCCGCAGAGUUAGACCCUGCCGAAGCUGGCACCUCCCUCCCCAAUCCACCUCCGCCUCCGCCGCCGCCGCCGCCGCACCUUCGAUCCUACUCGCUGGGAUCGUCGUUCGAGUACGUGGUCGACGAGGAGGUGGAGGCGGUGGUGGCCCGGAUCCGGAGGGCCAAGGAGCACAAGGCGGAGCCGGCGGGGCCUCCGCCGCCCGGGGAGGCGGUUGCGGAGGCUGCCGGAGGAGGGUCAAGAAAUUGGCUGAAGGAGUAUGUGGACCGGCUGACCUCGUCGGCGUCGUCCUCCUUCUCCUCGCUCCGGUUCUCCGGGAGGUGGAGCCACCGCUACGACGACGGCGGCGGCGGCGGCGGCGGUGGCGGAGGACGGGACUCGUGGGACUUGGAGGGAAACUAUCGGGAGGAGGAGGAGGGAGAGUUGAGCGGUUACUACACCUUCUACCGAUGGCUGGUUGGGGCAUAGUCGUAAAUAAAUCCCAUUCUUUGUUUUACUUCAAUCCCUCAGGUGCCCUCCAUCGAAGCUUCUUCAGGAUAAAAUCAGGCAACGAAAAGAGCCACGGCUUGCGGAAGAAAUUACACGCAAGGCCAUCACGGCGUUCGGGAGUCGGCGUUCGUUGCGUUCAGGUUCCUACCCUCCGGACUUGCUGCUCUCGCCUCUUGGUCCUUCGGCGGCGGGCCGAUGCGGGUUUACAAAUGGUGUGGGGCACCCACCGGGUGGAAAUAAAUAAAAAUGUACACAAGAAUGUUAAAAGUGUGGGGUGGCGGGGUCCACGACCCACGGAGGUGAAGGAAGCUUGAAUAAGAUAUGGUUGCCUUAGGGAGAGGUUGGAAUUGAAUGGUGUCACUGACGAGGGCAGAUCGACACCGCGCCCACUCUUUCAAUGCUCACAUUAAUAGCUUAUUGCUUCACUGCCAGGCAACUGCGCCCAACUAGUCUUUUUGGUAGAAGCACCCAACUAGUUGAAUGUGCUCAAGGCUUGAGAUGUGGGUGGGUAUACUUGAGAAGAUGUGAGAUUCUUUCUCCAAGAAAAUACUGAACGUGUGCCGCAACUGUUAUUAGUUGCCAGCUAAUUUUUAUGUGUUACUCCAUAUUAUCAUAAUUAAACUGUUACACGAAGAAUAUGAUUAUUGUAUGGUGGAAGUAUUGUAAUAGUCGACACCACCAUUCUUGAUUUGAUUUUAUACUUGUAUACGUAUCAAGCAGAUUAAACUUGCGCGCCCC